GUUGACCCCGAGUCUCCAAGUCCAAGAUGGCUACUAUGACAGAUUCGUCGGGCUGUCAAUCGAGUUUGGGAUACGCCUAAAUUUUUCGAUCCUAAUAUCUCGUUUUCUAAACAUUAUCUUACGAUGAUGCUCGUAAGUUUGCUCGUUACUGUGAAGACUGUAGAAUGCUCGAUAGAUGAAUGAUUACCUCAGACAGGCGUCUCGUCCUAAUUAUACGUAUGCUACCUUUUGUCACGCGUGUUUAUUCGUUUCAACAGCAUUGUUAUUCUCUUAUAGAUUUCUUUACUAUUUUAUGUUUGAGAAUGAUUCAAAUAUUUCGGAAAAAAAUCGAUUAAAAUUAAAAUGAACGUUUUAAAGAUUGAAAAGGAUGAUUUAAAAUUAGAAAUUUUUUAUGUUUCUAUUAACUUUCAUUUGUAUGAGAAAAAAACAUUCAAUACAUUUUUUUCUAGUAGGUAUUUAGAUCAAUUCUCUUCCUUUCAGAUAUAAGAUUGUAAGACAUAAUAUAUUCAUGAACUAUAAACUUUAAAAGAAAGAUGGAGGCGAUUGUAGAAUAUAAUUAUUUAGCUAGGGAACCUGAUGAAUUAACUCUGAGAAAAGGAGACAUAAUAAAAGAAAUUAAAGUGAUGUUGGGUGGUUGGUGGGAAGGUACUUUAAGAGAUAAGCGAGGCAUGUUUCCUGAUAAUUUUGUUAAGGUGUUGGAUCCAUCUCCAACAAGUGGUGCGAGCACAACUGAAACCGUUAGUAGUACAAAACCUGAAGAAGUUACUUUACGUAAUGGAGGAUCUGGAAGGAGGUGGUGUAAAGUUCUAUACAGUUACGAACCUUGUAAUGAAGAUGAAUUAACUCUUGUACCUCAAGAUUCUAUAGAAUUCUUGGGUGAAGUAGAAGAAGGAUGGUGGAAAGGUAGACUUAGAGGGAGAGUUGGUGUCUUCCCUUCGAAUUUUGUUCAUUUAAGUUAUGAAGAAGAAGAUAAACACAAGAAAGAUAAGAAAGAAUAUUGUAGAGUUCUCUAUGCAUACGAGGCAGCUAAUGAAGAUGAAUUAACUUUGGUAGAAGGUGAAAUAAUUGCAUUACUUUCUAGAGAUGCACCAGAUAAAGGUUGGUGGAAAGGAGAAUUGAGAGGACAAAUUGGCCUAUUUCCUGAUAAUUUUGUUGAAGUUAUUGGGGCAAAAAAUGAUCAUCAAGAACAAGAACAGUGGCACGAAACGAGUCAAGUAACUAAAUCUGUUACAAAGCAUGCUCAUCAACUAAAGAAAAGUGAAAAAGCACAUGCUAGAAAAAGUUUAGAUCCAAAAAAUAUACAUACAGAUCAUUUUAAUACCAUGGAAACAACUAAAAAGAUGAUAUCGACAUCAUCAUCUUCUGUCUCAUCAACAUCACCUUUGUCUAGUGUUGGAGGAGGAGGAGCAAGUAGUGGGGGAGGAAAUGGAGAAAAGAAAACAAUGGGCAACCAUUCGCUCAUUUCUAAUUUGAAACAUUUUGUGAGUGAUACUGGAAGUAAUAAUGGCAAUGGAAAUCCAAGCGUAGCACUAGGAGAAGAAUUGGAUGGAGUAGAAAGAGGUGAAGGGGCACCACUUUCGCACUUAACAGCUUCGCGUGCAAAAGCACCCCGUCGUCGUUUACCUUCUUCUCAACAUUUACGACAUCAUGCUACUGGAACUACCACAACAGCAGGCUUACUUAAUACAACGAUAAACGCCAUUACGGAAGAUAAUUUAUCAAAUGGUAACACUGAAGAAACAUUAGAAUCAUUAAGGGAAGAUGACAGUGAAAAACUUUCAGCAAAAACAAGAAAAAAGGCACCUUGGGUAGAAGAAUUAAAAAUGAAUCAAUUGGAAAGGAGAAAAGUCGGAUCGGUCGAUCGUGUCGACAAACCGGAAGUUAAGAAAGAAAGAACUUUUUCACGGUUAAUGGUAUCAUCUAACACUGUCGAUACUGUUGGCAAACAAGAAACAGAUUGUGAAGAUAAACAAAAAGAAAAAGAAAAAAAGUCAGAUACAAUAGAUCAUGGGACUGUAAAUGUAUCUGGGACUUUGUCCUUUGUUCCAUAUCAUCUUUAUAGUCAACUGCUAGAAAGGGUUGCCAUGCUGGAAGAAAAACAGGCACUAUUGCAGCAAACUGUACAACAACUCUCCGAACAGCUUGUACCACUUAUGGCAAAUGCCUCAAUUAAUAACAAAGUUUAAAACAUUUUAAUAUGUGAAAAUCGAUGCGUAUUUCCUGAAACGUAUUUUUAUAACUUUGUUGUUUGUCAUCAUGUUGCAAAUAACGAAGUACUAAUACUACUAAUAGCAUAAUUAUUACUAGUACUAUUAUCAUGGUUGUUAUAUAUUUAUUGAUUUUGGUGGUGUCAUUUUUUUUGUUUGCUCCACCAAUGCAGUAACAGUAUUUGCCUAUUCUGGCCAUAAACGCAACAUUCCAUCUAA